CUGCGAGCCGAACCGAUCCGGUCCACACGCCCACCCCCCUUUACCCCGCGUGGGGCCGUAACGCGGCCUGAAGCUCAAGCAGCGGCCUGCUGAUCAGGUUUAAAUUGGAAAGAUUAUAGAACUCUUUUGGUAUCUAAAAAAAAAAGGUUACAUUUUAAUAACUUAUUACCUUUAGAAUCAAUACGAGAGAAAUUAGGACGAAGCAAAGUGCCAGGGUGAGCUAUUAACAUUCAGAAUUUUACACCAGACAAACAUGAUUAACAAAAAUAUUAUCAUGACAUCUCGGGGAAGAAAGACCACAAUAGAAAUCUUUUGUUUUGGGGCGGCGCUACACGCUAAUUGAUAUAAACAAGACAGCGUUUUGUGCAAUUGUGAUACAUACAAAUCUUAAUAUAGUCCCAGAAUAUUAUCUCAAAAAGCCGAUACCGGAAAUAUCAAAAAUAAAAGACACAUUUAAUUUUAAUUUUUAAAACGGUUCCAUACACACAUUCCCAACUACCUAACUUCCAAUAAACUAAUUCCCUUUUUUAAACUCACAUUACUUUUUUUUUCCUCCAUGUUUUUAGUAAAUGUUAGCACAUGUUGUGAGCGGGGUUGCCACCUUUAGUACAGGAAAAAUAAGGGACAAUAAAAAUACAGGAAAAAUAAGGGACGGUGGCGGCGCAAACGUUACGGGACGGGUGGGGCGGCGACUCUGCGACCCCCCGGUGAUUCCUCCCACUCUCGUCGGUACUUUAGCAUCCGCUUUCGCUUCAGAGCUGGACGCGGGGAACCGACACUCCGCCAAGAGAUCCGUCCUCCUCUCCUCUGGUCCGUUUGUUUCAGGUUCACGGCCAAACAAACCAUGGCGCCGAGUAUCACCCAAUCAGGGGACGAAUGGGACGAGUCUUCACAGAAUUUGGGUGGGAUUUUUUGCAUGGGAUGCUGGCAACUCGGAAAGUACGGGACAAACCCCGUGCGGUAUUGAUUCAAAACAUUUUAUUCUCAAAUACGAGACAAUUACGUAUUUGAAGGGACGGGUGGCAACCUAAUGUUGUGAGCACAUGCUUGUUUGUGUGUCAAGAUGUAGACCGAGUGAAUAAUUGUCGAGCAAAUGUGAUUUAAGGUCAAUAAAUAAACAAAAGUGGGGUAAAACAUAAAUAAGUUCACGUGCAGUAGUACAACACCUCAACACCCAAGAUGUUUUGGCUGUCGUUUUAUUUAAGUCCAGAUGUUAGUUCAGCCAUUUUCUUAAAGUACUAAGAUUGUAGUGGAGCCACAGGGUGUAAUUUGGAAGCUAUUUUGGAAAAAUAACACGGUUCAGCGUCCGUGCUGACAUUUGGGAAUGACUGAUGUUAUUUUGUGAAAAGCCAAAAUGGCGUAAGACUGACUGCAAGGGCGCGAGCGUGCACGACGACAUGUGGGCGGGAAAAUGCUGCUGCGCCUCUACUCGGGUCUUUCCGGCGGAGCCGCCGAGCCGAACGCGCGAGGCGGAGAGAGAGCAGCAGCAGCCGGAGGAGCCGAUCCCAGCCGCCGCCGGAACCAGCCGACCAACUCCCGGGGCUGGAUCCGACUGUUUCUACACCGUUUGUCGUCGGGGGGACCGGGCAGUGAGCUGCUGCACUCCGAAACACGAGAAUGAGAGAACCGGAAACAUGAACGGGGCCGUGUAUAUUUCGUUUUUCCAGGGCCAGCUGGAGUCCGUGCUGGAGCAGGUCGUCCAGCUCGCCGUGCAGGAGAUCAGCAAGACGGUGGGCUCCAGCCUCAACACGCUGCUGCUGGAGGCCGCCGGCAAGGAGCAGGAGAACCACCGGCUCCGCCUCCGUCUGCAGGCCUGGGAGAACCGGGGCUGCGGGCGGAAUGAGGCGGGCGACGAGAGGACAAAGCCCGACCGCCGCCGGCCGCUGCAGCAGCAGCAGCAGCAGCAGCUUCACGGCCCCGGAGGACACGGCCCGCAGCCCGGCGUCCACGCCGACGUACGCCGCCUGGAGCAGCGGGGAAGGGUCGUUGACCAGCUGAAGGGGGUCAUGGAGCAGGUUCUGGACUUCGCGGUUCACGAGCUGACAAAGAUCGUGGAGGCCUCGUUUGACGACCUGCUGCUGGAGAUCACCAAGAUGGAGAGAGAGCAGCAGGACCUGGGGGAGACGCUGGACAGGGAGGCAGGGGGAGACAAAGGGAGAGGAGGAGCCGGGGGCCGGAGGAGGGGGUCGGAGAACGACUCUGUGUCCCCCAGCGGCUCUGAGGACACCCGGGAGGAGCUGUCCGAACUCAGCGGGUCCAAGGAGGCGCCGCGGAGGGACGACCCAGAGCGCCCCCCCGUCCUCUCGGUGUCUCAGGACUGGGUUCCCAUCCUGGACAAGGUCUUUGGUCAGAAGUGGUGCAGUGACGUCUGGCAGAUUAAGGACCUCGAGCGUGGAAGAGGAGGAGGUGGUGGGCAGGUUCAAGAUGAUGGGGGGGCUGAUCAGGUGGCGCCUCUCUCCACCCCUUUGGUGAACCUGGAGCCCUCCCCCUCCUCCCCCCAGCAGGACCCCCGCUGGACUCCUCUGGAGGACAUGGAAGUGUUUUCUCCUGAUGAAGAAGCUACAGACGGUCAAAGAAGGACCAGCAGACCUGGACCCCAUCCAGGAGCCAAACCCGGACCCCCCCACACCCCGACAGGGCGGCGUUCUUCUGCCUCGAUGCUGCACCGUCUCCUGACUCUUCCGUCCCAGCUGCUGGACGAGGAGGACCAGGCCACUAAGGAGACCGUGGCGGUCCUCCCGGCGGACGAGUCCACCGAGCGUGCAUGCCGGGUCGGUCCAUCUCCUACCGAGGGGGAGGAGGAGGAGGGGGAGGAGGAGGAGGAGGACAAAGGGAGGAAGAGGAAGAGGAGGCGGGUCUGGUCCGAGUGUGAAGAGUGCGGUCGGAGGUUCAGUCGGAUUUCUCUCCUGAAGUCUCACCGCCUGACGCACGGGGCCUCCUCUUCGGCCCUGUUAGGCUCCGCCUCCUCUUCGGCCCUGUUAGGCUCCGCCUCUUCCGCGCUGCGCUGCUCCGCCUGCGGGAAGAGGUUCUCCUCGGUGACCCGCCUCCACAGCCACGUCCGGACCCAGCACCCCGAGGACCGGUCCUGAACUAACGACAGGACCGCGGGAACCAGAUCCACAGAACCAGACCAGGAUCCACAGAACCAGGAUCCACAGAACCAGGAUUAAAAGGGGAUAAACCGGUACAAUUAUAAUAAAGAGACUUAUUGGAAUGAAUCAAUUAAGAUUACUAGCAAGCUAUAAAUAAAUUAUAGCUUUUAUUAAUUGUUGAUAUGAAUCAAUUAUUGAUGAAUUUUUAAAUAAUAAUUUUAUGAACAAUAAUUUUAAUCAUCUAUUUAUCAGAGGUAUUAUUGUUAUUAUUCAUAUUAAUGAUGUAUUUAUAAUUUCAAAUACUUAAAUUCAGUUUAAAACAUCAUAAAUUAGAAUAUGGAUCCCCAAUUAGAGUAAAGUCCAUCCCUCAUUGACCAAUCAGAGCGUCUCUGCAAAGUCACAUGAUCCCAUCCAGAACCACAUGGUGCAGUUUACGUUUUCAAGCUCCAGCAUCGACCAAUCAGGAGUCAGAUGACAAAUCUUCGACCACUUUGAUGAUGACGUUGAAUGUUGGUUUGACGCUGAAGUCAGAGCGGAGGAGGAGACUGAAUACAGGCGUUGUUGUAGAGGACGGGACGUCUCCGGAGGGGACAGCGUCCUGGCUCCUGUGGUGGUAGGUUUUUUUUAAGUGACCUUUUAGCGAUUCUUUUCAUUCUGUGUUUUUUUUUUUUUGUGGUCAUGUUUUGAAUCUUCAAGGUUUUCUUUUUUCUAAAAUGGACUUUGAUUGUUUGGACUCAUGAAUGUGAAUCUCAACACGUAGUUUAAUUUCUACGUUUGUUUUAAGAGUUUUCUGACACAAACUGAUGAUGACAUGAGAAAAUAGGAAGGUCGUUAAUUCCUUCUUCACUUCCUUCCCUCCUUCCUCGUUCAGUGACCUCCCGUCAACACACACCUGUACAGUUGUGGUCAAAAGUUGACAUACACGUGUAAAGAACACAAUGUCACGGCUCUCCUGAGUUUCAGUUAUUUCUACAAGUCUGAUUUCUCUCUGAUAGAGUGAUUGGAACAGAUACUUUGUCACAAAAAACAUUCAUAAAGUUUGGUUCUUUUAUGACUUUAUUAUGGGUCAACAGAAAAAGUGCUGGGUCAAAAAUAUACAUUCAGCCACAUGAAUUAGCAAUUUUGGUGACUUAGAAAGUUGUGUCAAUGAAAUGAGCUUCACAGCCUCUUGACUUGAUUGUGGUUAUGAGUGACUACAGCUGGUGACUCUCAGGCCUUUUAAAUAGAGCUCAUUGGAUACAAACACCCACAGACGCUACAAUGGGAAAGUCAAAGGAGCUCAGCGUGGAUCUAAAAGAGCGAAUCAUUGACUUGAACAAGUCAGGAAAGUCACUUGGAGCCAUUUCAAAGCAGCUGCAGGUCCCAAGAGCAACAGAGCAAACAAUAGUUUGUAAGCAUAAAGUGCACGGCACUGUUUUGUCACCAUCAGGAAGAAAACACAAGCUAUCACCUGCUGCUGAGAGAACAUUGGUCAGGAGGUGAAGAGUCAACUGAGAACCACCAAAAAGAUCUGCCAAGAAUCAGAAGCUGCUGGAACACCCGUGUCAGUGUUUGGCAUCUCCAUGGACUGAGAGGCUGCCGUGCAGGAAGGAAGCUCUUGCUCCAAAAGCGGCACCUUAAGGCUCGACUGAUUUGUUGCUGAUCACAUGGACGAAGAUAAGACCUUCUGGAGGAAAGUUCUGUGGUCAGACGAAACCAAAAUCCAGCUGUUUGGCCACAAUGCCCAUCAAUGUGUCUGGAGGAGAAAAGGUGAGGCCUUUAACCCCAAGAAGACCACGUCUACCGUCAAGCACGGUGGGGUAGUAUUGUGCUGCCAAUGGAACUGGUGCUUUACAAAGAGUGAAUGUGAUCAUGAAGGAGGAUGAUUACCUUCAAAUUCUUCAGGAUAACCUAAAAUCAUCAGCCCGACGGUUGGGUCUUCCAACAGGACAAUGACCUUGGUAAUCGGAUGGAUUUAGCCAUUCUGUGGGGUUUUAGAAUGGCCUUCCCAAAGUCCUGACUUAAAUCCCAUUGAGAAGAUGUGGACAAUGCUGUAGAAACCAGUCCACGUCAGAAAGCCAUCAAAUUUAACUGAAUUGCACCAAUUCUGUCAAGAGGAGCGGUCGACGAGAAGCUUGUGGAUGGUCACCAAGACCGCCGAAUGGCCACGGGACAUGUGACCAAAUAUUAGCACCGCUGUAUGUAUAUUUUUGACCCAGCAGAUUGUCACUUUUUCUGUUGACACAUAAUAAAGUCAUAAAAGAACCGAACUUCAUGAAUGUUCUUUGUGACAAAGUAUCGGUUCCAAUCACUAUCAGAAAAAAAUCAGACUUGUAUAAAUAACUGGAAACUCCAAAGAGCCGUGAAAUUAUGUUCUUUACAAAUAUGUAUCUAAACUUUUGUACAUAAAAAUACAUUUAUAUAUGAAUGACAUUAUUUACAAUUUCUGUCUUUAACUCCAGCUUUAACUUUUUAUAAUUAUUUCUUUUUUCUAUAUGGAAGCUGCAUAGUACCAACAAGGAAAAAAACAAAUAGUGAAAUAGUAAGAAUGGAAAAGAAUUUGAUUUACAAACCCAUUUAUAAAAGGGAGUUUAUUUAUGAUAAAGAAUUAAAAUCACAAGCUGUUUUCUUUUAAGGAUGUUUUUUUUACUUUUUACUUGUAAAAUAAUUCAUAAAAAUCUAGAUGUGGAUAAUAAUUGUUUUUUUUAUUAAUAUUUACUUCUGGGAGAUUCAAACACUGAAAUUGGUCUGUCCAAAAUACCAUCAUUCACUUUAGGAAAUAUGAAAUACAGAAAUUGUAUUGACUCAAAUUACCGCCAAAAGAAGACAAUUAUAAAUAUCUUCAUAAUAAAACCAUUAUUUAAAAUUCAAAAUAAGAAAAUUUGACACAAGGACAAAAACUUGUUUAUUAAGAGAUUGAUAUAAAAAAUAUCAAUUUUCAUAAUGUAUUGAAUUCAUACUCGUACAUGAAUUAUUUGAACGGUCAACCGAUGUUUACUCUCUCAUGCUAACGAAAGCUACUCGACCGCUUCGCUAACGUUGGAACUCUCCAACUUUCCGCUUGCAGCCGCCGUUCAUGUUCACAUACUUCAUUUUAUUCUGCAUAUGUCUGUUCCUAUUUUCUACACAAACAUCGUUACCUCAGCAGACGCACAACGUUGAUACCGCAAUAAUAUUAUUUUCUUCUUUUUUUUCAUACGUCUCAGAUUUUUUUUUUUUAACAGAUCUGAUGCGGUCAAGUAAAAAACACAAACGUGAACAUCUCAGGUUUGAAGAUUAAGUCCUUAAAGACGAUUUUUUAAUGAGGUAACCUCGUCUUCCAGGACUUCUUUUAAAGAGGGCGUGGCUCACCGAAGACCGUUGAUGAUAACACGAACAAAAUGACGGAUAUGAGAAGUCAGAACUUUAAAUGUAUCUUCCUCACGGUUUCAUUUUUAAGCACUUUUGAAGAGAAAAUAACUAAAAGGAAGACGUAAAUAAAAACGAAAAGUAAUUAUAAAAUAAAAUGUGGAGAACAUCUGCUUCCAGAUGUUCUCCACAUGUUUGUUUCUAACCAAAAACAUGGGUUUAUAGUCACGCGUUUUUUACACGGCGGCACAACGGACGGCGUUUCCAAACCUAGUCGAUUUUGGACCACGAAUUGAUCAGAACAGUGACUUGCAUAAGAACCCCUGAGAUAAAAUGACAGGUUAUUGUACAGGACCCUAUAUGAUAAUGAUGAGAUGUGUUAAUGUGACUUGUGAGGGGGUUUUACACAUUUAAACACAACACUUUUCAGAUUUAUAUUUGUAAAUAAUUUUGAAAUCCGGCUUCCAGAUGGACUAAUUUGUGUUGGUCCAUUACAUAAAAUCACAACAAAAUAAAUUAAAAUCUGUGUUUAUACCAUGAGAAAAUGUAGAAACGUCCAAGGGGGGUGAAUACUUAUGCAGGGCACUGUAUGUAAAAAUACACAUUUCAAUGGAGCGCGAAGGAGUAAAACCAAGCCUUGUUGGUGAGUAGAUGUAGAGCUAGCGUGAGUAGAAGCUGUAAUGAGUAGUUGUAGAUCUAGAUCAGGGGUGUCAAACUCAUUUUAGGUUGGGGCCAGAUACUGCCCACUUUGAUAUCAAACGGGCCAGACCAUUCAAAAUCAUGGGGGGCGUGCGGAUGGGUGGAAAAGGUCUAACGCAGGGUCCCCACACUUUUUCAACUCGCAAGCUACUUUUCACUUCAAGUGAUGGCGAUCUCUCCCCCCCCCCCCCCCCCUCCCGCUUGGGCAGUUCGCCCGCAAUAAUAAUACGGAACAACAUCGCUGUGUACGUGGAGCGCAAAACGAAUACAGAAAACAACACAACGAGCCUCUCGUCUGUCAGAAGCGAUCGCGCGGUGACCAAUGGCAAUGGCAGGUGAUCGACCAGCGUUGGUGAACGACCGCGUCCUCCUGGUCUGACGCACGCGCUCACUCAGAGUGCGACCCCCAGUGGACGUUUUAGGAAUAGCAGCUACUUUUAUAGAAAUGCAAUUUAAGUCUUUUUGUAAUUCUCACAAUAGAACAUUCAUCCGGCGGGCCGCACUGGACCCCCAUGCGGGCCAAAUUGGGCCUUCAGUUUGACGCCUGUGAUCUAGAGAGUAGAACUUAAAGGGGUUCCUCAGGGAACGAUUGGAGGUCCUCUCAUUGUUUCAUGUGACGGGAUAAAAGGGACUUUUAUCUUUAUUUGAAUUGUGUAACUUUUCAAACUACGUUUGUAACAAUGGGGGGGAAUGAGAAGAAAUGUUUUUAUUACUUUAAAUAUCCAUUUCUACUCUGCGUUCAUCUCUGUUUUACAUUCGAUGCAAUACUUUUGAUAAAAAUGUGCCCGUUUUUGUUCAUAUAUGAUAAAACCAAAUCUAAAAAAGGUGUUGUAUUUAAUAAAUGACAUUUUAAAAUAAGUGUUGCAGCGCAGUGACCUUCUCAGUCGGUUAUUGUGAACUAAUGUGACCUUUGACGUAUUGGAGCUGCAAGGGGAGUGCUAAAACUCUCCACCAUGAUGUUUUUUCUUUUAUUGUUUACCCGUUUUAGUCCAUGAGACAGGAUUCUUUUUAUAGUGUUCAAACACACUAAAUCAAUAAAUGUUCACAACGACCA